ACUUCACACAAGAGCCAUUUUCCUGCUGUUGCCUUGGGAACGUUGUGAAGUGACAUCAUCAGAAAGCUGCAAACCCCGCGAAGAAGACAUGAUGAAGUCCGCAAAUCACUCUCAUUUGCCAACAAAAGCGGAAGUCGACGCUGGACAGCCACUUUGCCACCGCCAAACACUCGAGGAUGGUUACAGCAGCAGCGGAAGCAGCUCACCUACACCGAGGCGGCAACUUCCAAAACACUUGCUAGGGCUGAAAGAACCAAGCAUGAAAAUGGAAAUGGGGCAUGGAGCUGGGUGGGGCGGCUGGGAGGAGAAAUGGCAGCCAGGGUGGCACGCUGACUGGAGGAGUGCCAACUGCUCUCAAGCAGGUGGAAGAAUACUGAUGUACUCCCUCCGAGCGCCGCCGCCGCUGCCCGUCGCUGAUCUCCCUGUAGUCGGGCUAAUGGAGCCUGGACAACUGGGCAACCGGAUGCUCCUGUUGGCUCACUCCACUCCACUUCAGCUGGGUCAGGAGGAGUGUGGUUCCACUGGUUCUUCAAUGGAGACUUUUGUAGAGGCCUACGUCAUUCAUUUGGCUGGUUACCAGCUAUGGAUCAUAUUUCCCAUGGUACCCACAAAGCAAAGCCUCAGUCGCUCUCAGACGAACAAACAAACUAAAUCUCAGUCAUCACCGUCUCCACACUGUGUUUUCUUGUGUAAAAUUGUCUCGUGCAGAAACUGUCCAGAGGAAAAAUUUCCAGAAUCCCUCUCAGUAACCAAGAACACCACCACCACCACCACCACCACUCCCACACCCUGGAAGGCCCAGACUCCUGGGGAGCUCCAAACACUAGCAGCUGGCCUGAAUACUGAUGGAGCUCUCUCUGGAUCUGAUUAAAGCCCCGCUCGGCAGAAUCAGACAGUAGACAUAAAUAUCUGGGGGCAUUUGAGAGAGAGACGAGUCGGUUAAAGAGUACCGAGCGUGGAUCGGGUUUCUACCCCUGAUGAAAAUCGAUGCGACUUGACCGGUCGCAGACUGACUCAACAUGUCAGCUCUAAAGAGACCAGCCAUUAUAUCAUUAGAACUAAUUUCAUCUUCCCCUUCUUGUGUCUCCAUUGUUACUCAGUCAUUUAGCGAAGAUGUGCAUCCAUUGUCAUUUUUUAACGGUCUUCAAACACCGACGCUGAUUUGAAUUACCAAAGUGGGUUUCUCUUUGUGGUGCGUGUGUGUGGAGAUAAUGGUUCUAAAUUGUAAAUAAAGUUAGGAUUCAAAAGCUGUCGGUAGGUCAAUAUUCAUGAAGGCAAUCCAUUUUUUAUGGAGUGUCCAAAAAUGAGUAGAGAAAAGAACCUGGUUUACUUAACUGCUUUUGUUCUACAAGUUAUUCAGGAGUCAGUUCAUCCGAAGUACAAUCAGUGGUAUCUAGCCAUGCAGAUAGUUUCAAGUUUCAUUUGCCUAUUAGCUGUAAUCACGUAAGAUUUUAUGUCAGCAUUAGGAGUCCUCCUUAAUGGUGCUAAAAGUCCCUGGUUUCCUAAUGUGUCUUUACAGACCUGCUGAAAAUAUUCACUACAUGAACGGUAAAGAACGCUUGAGUUAAAAGAAAGGACAGACUUGACUCUGUUAGUUUAAAUUUACACUAAGUCUAUACACUGUAUGAUUAUUAAAUGUACACUGCAUGAACUACCAAACAAAAUGGGGUCUGAAGAGGGCAUUUUAUCUCUCACCAUUGACAUAGGUGAUAUAAAGAUGGACACUUCCUCCCACUGUACAAAAAUGUCAUUUCGAGCCAUGCUCUACACAGUAGUGAUCAGGCAACAUCAAGUUGAUGCCCACACACCUGCUGUACCCAAUUACAGGCUGCACUCAUCUGUCAAUCAUGAUGCCAUGAGGAAAAUGAACAAUUGAACAUACAGCAACGCAAUAAUAAUUACCUAAAAUAACAUGACCAUCUUUGGGAAAAAUGUAUUGAUGUGUACUUGAGUUUUGUGUGUGGUUGGUUUUCCCAAGAAAAUGGACUGGGACGUAUUUAGAUUGGAAUUCAGGAAUACUGAACAUCUGACCGAUGGCUGAAAAUUUGAACCCAUUUAAGUUGGAUUUUUCGACUUGAACAAAAAUUUGAAGAAAAAAGUUUGUUAUUUAUAAUAUGAGAAGAAGAGAUGUUUAUUUGUUUUAUUUAUUGGUUAUGAGAUGUUAGUCCAUCCACACAUUCAAACGGAAUGUCCUUUGUAAGGCCCACAACACUGAAAAAUGGAAUGAUUUUAAGACAUUCUCAAAAAAAAUCUCUUUCCAGAAUCAGUGUCCCUCGUACUAGAUGAUCCACAUCAUUGUGAACAGUUUGUAAAGGGACUAGUUUCAUGGCUGAAAGUAGUUCCAACAACACUCUUCAGUUUUACCUCAGUAUGUCUUCUCACAUUAUAGUUAUGCCACUUUGCCCAACUUGCCCAUUGAGUGUGUUCAUCACAUCAAUUAUAUUCCACAAUAUCUUUUCCAUCCAUUUGUGAUAACAAAUGUUGUCACGGUGUCAGUUCUCCCUCCCUGGCACAGUGACAUGCAAAGCUUCUGCUCUUCAAGCAAUGCUCAGAUAUCUCCACUAGAGGCUCCCUGUUGAGUGUAACACACACACUCACUCCUCCUGUGGCCACACACACAAACACUCUUUAUUCACUCCCUCAUGCUGUUCUCCUCAAACACACUCCUACAGAACAGGGACCGGGGUGGAUUGCUAUUUGGCGUUGCAGGGCAUUAGCCGCUGAUGUCUUAACACUUGUAAAUGAACCCUCCGCCCCUCCUAAUCUGUCACUUUAAUGCACUAUAGAUUUUAUUUCAGCCUCUGUAGUAUCACAUUCUCAAUAAUAAUCAUCAAGCAGACGCUGUUGUCCCCUCCUGCAGAAAUUAAAUCUCGCCGCUGAGUGCACAACUAAUAAAAGAUGUUGCCCGAGGAAAUAAAAAAAUAAAUAUGAUGAAUCAUAAGCAGCAGGGAUUUGUAUUCAGAUGCGAAAGACAAUUACACAAAGAGUUUGAAUUUAUCAGCCGCUUCGCCUCUCAAAGGCUCAAUAACGGGCCACCACCGCCGGGCGCUGGGAGCUGCAUGCUCUCACACGCACGCACACACACACACACACACACACACACACACACACACACACACAUACACAUAUACACGUAUCACUCUCAUGGACAUCUGCGCAGACAGUGUACAAACAAACACACUCAUGCAUAUUAUGCAUAAAGCAUCCGGGCAUACACACGUUUGCUCUCGCACUCUUUGACGCGCGGACACACACAAACCCACACGCUACCAAAGGGCUCCUUUAUUUAAGUGUGUGCUUGAUGAUGAAUAAUGUCAAUUUAAGAUAUUCCGUAAUUUUCUAUAGGGCCACUGUUGAGUGAUCUUACCAGGGAACUACAUUUUAAGCCAUGAUUUCUAUGUCAAACUUUUCUUGUGGUGCAGUAUGUGUGUCUGUCAGCUUUUUGUGGUGAUCAAGGUUUAAUAACACACAUUUUUGUACUGAAUAAUCAAAAUAUAGUCAGAAUAAUAAAUAACUUUAGUUUUACAACUGUUAGGAACUUGACAUCAAAGGGCCGUUUUUUGACUCGAUAGCUACUUGAACUAUGAUCCCACAGAAACUAAAUUCCUAAAAUCAGGAAAUAUCUCUCUUUCGACCACCCCACUUCACAUUUCCAGCACAUGGAUGUAAAGGAGACAUGACAUAAAUCGAAAAUAAAUCAAUAUAUAACAUUAUAAUAUAUAACAUUAUUUCACUAGCUAUGGUAGCUCCCUUCACUUUAAGUUUACAGCCUGUCUCUAUUUUGGAGUAAAUCAUGGCUGCCAAAGUUCGUGCUGACUGCAGCGUUACUCUGAAAGAGGCUAAAUCUAGCACAAACUAUUACAGAGGAGCUAAAUUUUGUCCCGAGCUCCGUCAGUUGGAGCGCCGUUAAUUUUCCUGAAUCCUUAAAUGCUUUCCCACUCCCAGGUUUUUUGCUCAUCCUUUAACAUCAAUGAGGUGACUGUUUUCUUAUACAUAAUAUGUGUAACAUUUUUUUUUUUUACAACCAAACGCUGCUUUCUUAUAUACCCGCGCUUUCUUUUACAAUCCAGAAAAAGGCUUCUCACCACAGUAUCAGUUCGGCUACACUCACAUUAUCCACUGGAAUGUAACAUUUUUGUGAGAAAAUGAUUAAAUUGGCUGAAUUAACAUCACAUCUCAUGCACCAUCUAGUAAUGUACGUCUUUUUUUUUCAUUUUAUUUACCCAGAUUUCUGCAAAUACAUAAAGAAACAAAAAAACUACUCUGGAUGGCUAAUCCACAGAACAUGCUGUUAACUUUCCAUUGGGACUAUUUUUUACACAAAGUAUAUCUCAAAGAUGUCUUCCCAAGGUCAGGUCUAAUAAUACCAAAACUAUUUGCAUAAAAUUGUGUUGUAAUUUGUGUGAGGCAGUACUUUAAUCUCUAAUGUAGUAAAAAGGGGGAGAUCAAUUAUGUAUUUUAAUAUGGGUAUUUAUGACACGCAACUUGAAAACAAGCACAAUAAGAUGAAACAAAACACCGCACCGAAAAACUCAAUUAGUUGUCCUAAUUGUGGAUAACUUAUGUGUUACUUCAAUUGAUCCUCCGUAAAAUCUAAACCUUGAAAGUUCAGUCGUCACUGACUUAGUGUACAAACAUUCAAAGCCUUUCAUUUUAAAGUGAUCCACAUUGUGUGUUUUGGAUCUAGUAGUACAGAUAGAACACAUGAGAGUCUAUAGCGACUUGUUGUCGCAACAGUCACUGAAGAAUAUUGGGUGCAGCGCAGCGUUAAGACUCAAACGAGAAGCAUUUGGGCACAGUGAAGUGAACCUUGAGUGUACAUAGCAACAUUGGUCUGUUCCAGUGACGGGCCACACUGCCCACUCGGUCCAAGUAAAGCACUGAAUUAUGGCCCAUAUCUGCUGGCCAGAAAAACAGGUGCCAAUGACAUUGCAAUAUCUUGACUUACUCUGUGACAAUCACUGGUCUUAUUAAGGCCUGGAAUGAAGGCCUAUGUCAUACACUCCUUUGUCCUUGCUACCAGACCUGGACCACCUAUGGACCAAAGUCAUGUUGUAUUUUGGCCAAAAAGUGCUGUGUGGCCGAUCACUGGACCAGACCAUUUUUGCUAUGUUGUACUGCCAAACUUGUGAGGACCACAUGUCCCUAAAAAUGACAGAAAGAUAGAAGAAGAUACUUGGCUUGUUCUUUCAUUUGGAAUCAAUCAAACAGAAAAGGAGCUACAUGUCCAGAAAUGUAAUAAACUCUUUAAGCAAUGAGAACGUUAAAAGCAGAAAUAAAGUCCAUUGUGUGUUAAGCUUUACCUUGCCUGACUUUUUCUUUUCUUUCCUACAUGCUGUAAUUACAUAUUACAAGUCAGCCAAGCACAGUCAGCUCUGAUCACUGUGAUGUGAGAACAACCAGCUUCUACUCGGCAGCGGUGCUUCACACCACAAAGCUGCCGGACAAAUGUCUCCCCGGAUAGCUCACACCUAACCCCUUGUCAUCCUUCUCCUCUCCUCGCCGGCUCUUCCUCCUCUCCCCCCUGUCCUCUGUCCCUGGCUCUCCUCUCCUCUGCCUGGCUAGUUGACAGUUAGAGUCAGCCGGGGUCAUCUCCCCCACUUCCCAGGGGUUUGAAGGGUGCAGCACUGGAGCUGGAAGCCCCACGCCCCAGCGGCUCCCUGACUUGCCCCCAGCGAGAAGUGAGUGAAGUGCGGGGAAGUGUGGGUCACUCUGCUGGGAGAGCAGGCUGCAGGCCCGGAGGUUUGGCCCAGACCCGGCGCUCCUCCUGUAGUGAGACCAGGCCAGACACAGCCUGCCAGGCGCAGCCUUGACCUCCUCAAACUGAUGUGGCACAAGCUGGCAGAGCGGUCACUGCUGCCACUGAGUUUGGGUGGAAAAAACGAUCUCUGCCCUUUUCUCGCUGACUACCUUCUCCUCCUUUGUUCUUA